AUGCCUGCAGGUGAACGCACGCAGCGUGGAGACCCCAGAGGAGGAGCCAGCAGCACUGGAGUGCUUGGGGGAGCUGGAUGUAGAUUAGCUUUGAACGGUCACGGCCAUCGGGCAAGCUUCCUGAGGACUGGAAGAGAGCAAAAUAUCACUGCUAUCUUCAAGGAGGACAAGAAUGAAGACCUGGAAACCAUUUCCAAGCGCACGACGAGCAAGAAGCUGAGGGGGAGCGGUCAGCAUGGACUGCCGAAGGGGAACUCAUGCUUCACCAGCCUGACGGCCUUCUACAGUGAGAUGACCAGCUUGGUGGAAGAGCAGCGGAUGCUGUUUCCCUCUACCUCAGGCAAGAAAAAGAAGAGAAAGCGAGAGAAGCUGGCCCAGCAGCAAAGCCACGACACGGAGAGCUCCCUGGCAUCCAAGAGCAAGAAGCCGUGCGUGCAGUACCUGCCGGCCGAGAAACCGUGCGACAGCCCCGCGUCCUCCCACGGCAGCAUGCUGGAUUCGCCCGCCACGCCGUCGGCCGCCCUGGCAUCCCCGGCCGCGCCGGCUGCCACCCACUCGGAACAGGCUCAGCCCCUCUCGCUCACCACCAAGCCGGAGGCCAGGGCUCAGCUCGCCGUGCAUUCAGCUGCCUUCCUCUCGGGCAAAGCCGCCGCCGCCUCUUCUUCUUCUUCUUCUUCUUCUUCCUCCUCCUCUUCCUCCUCUUCCUCCUCCUCGAGCCUCGGCAGCCCGCCCUCGCUCCUCUCCAGACCCAUCCCCUUCACCUCGGUGCCCUCCACGGCUCUCCUCUCCUCGCCUCCGUCCUUCACGGCUGCCAUCCCGUCCCCGCAGGCUGCCCUGGCCGUGCUGCAAACGCAGCCCCUUUCCCUGGUCACCAAACCCGCUGACUAAGGGAAAAACUCAUCCCCCCUCGUCCCGUCCUGUCCGUCCCCUCCCUGCUGUACAUUGCAGAAGCCACAAUCAAGAUUCAAAUGCAGCCAAAACCAUUAUUGGUCAAUAUUUGACCCUUUCUGAACUCUUUUGUAAGCAGACUCUGGAGGAAGGGGCUUUCUGCCCAGAGCUGCUGCCAGCAGUCGACCUAAAGACCGUUUUUAUUAAAAAAAAGGAAAAAAAAAAAAGGAAAAAAAAAGGAAAAGAAGCCCUCCGCAAGCUGCCGACGAUGGAAAUCUCCUGCGAGCUGACCGUGGGCGCGAGGCAAGCGCCCGUCGCUGCCACAGGGCACGGUGAUGCCGACAGGCCGGCGCUCCCGUGCGUGGGCAUGCCGGCGCCGACCGCGGCGGGCAUUGAGCUAGGGCCGGCGCUCCGUCCCGGAGGCAAGAGCAGAAAAGCCGGCUACCGACCCGGUGCCUCCGGAUGCUCCCAAGUCCUCCCGUCCUGCGGCUCCGCUCCCAGCCACGGUGGUUGCCUUCGCUCCGUCCCAGCGAGGAGCUGGAUCCUGCCCUGAGGAUGCUGCACCGUCGGCCCUGCUCCUUCCCGCGGUCGUGCUGGGGUGGGCAGGAUCCGGGGCUGAGCCCUGGGUGGGGUUGUUUUUUUUUUUUUCCCCUUGAAACCCUGUUAUUUUUCACAAAAGGAAAUAAAACUACAGCUGCAA